AUGGAUAUUAAACAAAACGAAGAUAUAAAUAACCAAUCAAAUAAUGAAACAAAGGCAUCACUAAAAAUGGAAAAUUAUGAUAAAAAACCCAUAAAUAAUAAUAAUGAUUUUUCAAAAGGCGCAGGCAUUUUAUUCACUAUCGAAGAUUGUAUUAAAAAAUUAAGAAAUAAAGCAAAUAAUUUUUUAUUUAUUUAUAUAAUAAUUACAACAAUUCAUAUGUUAAUAUACGCAAACAGAGGAGCAUUAUCAGGAUCAUAUGAUUACUUAUCAUCAUAUUUUAGAUCUAUUUAUCCACAAGGAAAUGUAGAUAUACAUAUAGGAUUUUUAAUAUCUAUAUUUAUAUAUGGUGCAAGUCUAAAUUCAAUAAUAUCUGGAUCCUUAGCAUAUAAACAUGAUCCCUUUAAAAUAACCACAUUAUUUUUAUUUCAAGGCGCAAUUGCAUUAGCAUUAGCUAGCAAAUUUUUUAUUACCAAAUCCCAUUAUGGUUUAAUUUUUAGUAGAUUUUAUUGUGGUUUCUGUGAAGCUGCAUUUGUUACUAUUGCUCCUUCAAUUAUAUUUUCAUAUGCUAAAAGUAAAGCUGGAGCAUGGAUUAGUAUGUUUUAUAUGAUGUUUCCGUUAGGGACAUGCAUCGGAUAUUUCAUGGCCCCUAUGUUAUCAAUGGUAAAUGUAACUUUACCUCAAAUUUAUGCGACAUCAUGUGUCAUUUUAUUUGUGCUAGCCAUUAUUUGCUCCCUUUUUAGUGAAAAAAUAUUAAAAAAAAAUGAAUCUGAAAGGGCAGAUAAAGAAAAUGCAAAUGCUCUUAAAGAUGCCAAUUUGAAGGAUGGUGAUUAUUCAACAAAUCAAAACUCAGAAAAAUUAAACGAGCAGAAAAGCAUCACAAGUACUAACAAAGAUAAUUCAGACAAUAAAUAUCUCGAAAUAGAAUUAGAUAAUUGUGCAGAAGCAAUAAAGGAUAACAAAGCAAAAUCAAAUAUAUUUUCCAUAUUACGUACUAAUUUAUCUAAUGUUUCCUUUUUAUUGCCAGUUAUUUCUUAUACUGCUCAUCUAUCCCUUUUGUCAUGCCAUUUAGUAUAUGGCCCAAGUCUUUUAUAUAGUUAUGGUAUAUACCCAUCAUAUAAAAUAUCCGUAAUUGUUUGUAGUUUAGUAGCUUGUAUAUCUUCAAUAGUCGGUACAAUAAUGGGGGGAUAUUUAGUGGAUUGCUGUAAUUUAAAUAUACACGAUAUUGAUAAAAAUUAUGAACAUAUCAAAAAUGAUGAAACUAUAAAUAAACUAUAUAGAAAAAAUUAUGUUGUUUAUAAAUUUAUCAAAUCAUUAUCAUUUAUACUUUUGAUUGUUUCGAUUAUUGGAUGUAUAUUUAUAAUGACCAUACCAUUUGUUAGAAACAAAUACAUUUAUACACCUAUGCUAUUCAUUGGAUAUACCGCUAUACUCGCAGUAUCGCCAGGACAAAAUGUCGUAAUUAUGGCAGCCUCCCCCCAAAGCUUAAGAGCAUUUUCUAUUGGAUUAUCUACAUUUCUAGCACAUAUAUUUGGUGAUAUUCCAUGGACUGUUAUCAUCGGAAAAAUCAAGGGAACACUUGCUCCAGAUUGUAUCGUUACCGUUAAUAGUGAAAUUACCGAUGCUUGCCGUAGCCAAUAUAAUGGAUUACUAAUAACAUUAUUGAUCAUAUCAUCAAAAACAAUUGUAAUAGCAUUGGGAAUGCUUUCACUUUACCUUUAUUCGAGAAGAAAAAUGAUAAGAUAUAAAAAUUUACGAGCUGUCUCGUAA